AGUGUGAGCUGGAUUCUGAUUGAAGGAGCUCUAUCUGUGAGGUAGAUCAGAAUCUUUUUGGCCUUCCCUUGUGUACUUCUGAUGGAGUCGGUGAAGGUGGUGGUCCGCUGCAGGCCCAUGAAUGACCGGGAGAAGGCUCUCUGUGCCAAAAUGGUUCUCUCCAUGGACCUGGACCGAUGCCAGUGCUUCAUAGACAAGCCAGGAGCACCAGAUGAACCUUCUAAACAGUUCACCUUUGACGGGACCUACUUCACCCACCAAACCACCGAGGAGCUCUACAAUGAGAUCGCCUAUCCUCUGGUUGAGGGAGUCACCGAGGGUUACAAUGGUACGAUUUUCGCCUAUGGACAAACUGGAAGUGGAAAGUCUUUCACCAUGCAGGGGUCGUCUGAUCCUGCUGACCAGAAGGGAGUCAUUCCACGAGGCUUUGAGCACAUCUUUGAGAGCAUUCAGUGUGCAGAAAAUACAAAGUUCCUGGUGAGGGUGUCAUACUUGGAAAUUUACAAUGAAGAGAUCAGAGACCUUUUGGGGAAGGACACCAAACAGAGAUUGGAGCUGAAGGAGCACCCAGAGCAUGGUGUGUACGUGCGUGACCUCUCCAUGCACACUGUGCACAGUGUGACAGAGUGUGAGAGACUCAUGGAUCAAGGCGGGCGAACCCGGGCGGUGGGCUCCACGCUGAUGAACAAAGAUUCCUCCCGCUCACACUCCAUCUUCACCAUCCACCUGGAGAUCUGCAACACCGAUGAAUCUGGUAAAGACCAUCUGCGAGCAGGUAAACUCAACCUUGUUGACCUGGCAGGCAGUGAGCGUCAAUCUAAAACUGGAACCAGCGGCCAGCGACUCCGCGAGGCCGCCAAGAUCAACCUAUCACUGUCGGCUCUGGGAAAUGUCAUCUCAGCUCUGGUCGACGGUCGGUUGAAAUACAUCCCGUACCGGGACUCCAAGCUGACCAGACUGCUGCAGGACUCUCUGGGAGGUAACACGCGUACGUUGAUGAUUGCCUGUCUGUCACCUGCUGACAGCAACUAUGAGGAAACUUUAAGCACUCUGCGUUACGCUAACCGGGCCAAGAGCAUCCAGAACAGACCUCGUAUCAAUGAGGACCCUAAAGACGCUCUGCUGCGACAGUAUCGGGAGGAGAUCAAGAAGCUGCGUGAGCUCAUCACUGUCCAACACGAUUCAGCUGAAGCCUCCUCUCACCAGUGUGCCACGCCCCAUACUGUCCAGUCACCACCACAGUCAGAAGCCGCGGACGCAGAGAAAGAUGAGAUUUCACAGGCGUACGAAGAGCGUCUGGCCAAGCUGCAGGCCAACUACGACGCCGAGCAGAAAUCCAAGGCCAAGCUGCAGGAGGACAUCGCUGCCCUGCGCUGCUCCUACGAAAGCAAAGUAUCUGAUCUGGAGGCCACAAAAGCCAGCAGGAGGAGUUGCGUCCCAAAGAAUGCUUCGGUCAGCUCCAGCUGCAUGACACAGGUGGUUCAAGAUGAGCUCGGCUUCAAUGCGGAUCCAUCUGACUCCACCUCAGCUGAUGACACAUCUCUGAUCAAGGUGGAACUCUGUCAAGAAGGCGACUCUCAAGGUUCCAUCAAAGCAGGACCUCUGGACCAGAAACAUGCACUCCAAAGACUGCAGCAGCUGGAGCAGGAGGUGGUGGGAGGGGAGCAGGCCAGGAACAAGGAGUUCCAGCAGAGACACCAGCUUCGGAAGAACCACGCCGAUCAGAGGAAAGUUCAGUUAAUCCAGGCUCUGUCAGACGACAGUGAGGAGAGCGACAGUAUGCUGUUAAAUGUCUACAACUCGAUUCAGGAAGAGGUCCACGCCAAGAACAAAAUGCUGGUCAAGAUCAAGAGCAAGCUGCAAGCAGCCAAACUGGAGAUUCGUGACCUGCAGGCCGAGUUUGAAGAAGAGAGGAAGGACUACCUGGGAACCAUUCGCCGCCUGCAGAGAGACAGCCAGCUGCUGCACAGUCUGCUGGAGCGCAUGACGCCCCUAGUGCGCCGAGACUGCAACUACAGCAACCUGGACCACCUGAAAAAAGAAUCUGUGUGGGACGAGGACGGCAGCACAUGGAGGGUGCCGGAUGUCACAGUGCAGAAAACCUCACUGCCUCAAGCCUUGGCUCUAAAUCUUUCAGCACAGAAGAGUUCAGCUGCUGAUGUUGGAGAGUCAUUUGUGGAGGAAGAGGAGGAGGACAGGUACAAGGAACUGCUGGACCGCAGUGACAGUGAGAAUCUCGCCAACAACUAUUUCAAAUCAAAGAGAGUGAGCCAGCUGCUGGGAGGUGAUGCUUCCAGAGGACACGCUGUGCACACUCCUCCGCUGGUUAACAGCGCUGUCAGUGGCUCCGGCAUGAACACGUCUUUCAGCACAGACUCGGUCCUGCCGUGUCCGUACCGCCUUGAAUCAUUGGCUGUGCCAGUGUCUACUAGUAAAGUGAAGCGUAAGAAAAACAAACCUACAUCCAUCAUGAAAACAGCUGAAGGGACGUCGCCAACUCAAACGCAAAACAUAUUUAGAUAAAAAAAUAAUCAGUAA